CCAGAAGCCUAGCAUGGUCCACCAAAAUAGGCAGCCAAGGUAUAUAAUGAUUCGUCAGGACGGCCUUGGAGUGAGCUGCACACUGUGCAAUAGUCCACCCUGCUGGGGAGCUUCACACGUUUCUGUCAAAGCAUCCAAUUGAAUUCAUGCACGGCGUGCACAGAACCCAAACUUUGUUGUUGUGAAGUGCCCUGACAGGUGUGAAAGGAUUGAGGCUGUUUGGAAACUCUUGACGAGUUUUUGUCUUUUCUCUUUUAUUCUACCAUUUUUCAUGUUUCUAUCUGGAUGUGUUCUGACUCCAACUCGCACUUCACGGAAAAAACAAGACAACCAGGCAUGACCCCAGUGCUGGCGUCGACUCUAAAAAGCCAUGGAUGCGUUUCUGGCCCGCGUUUCUUACCACGCAACGAGUUAUGCUAUACGUUCCUGCCUGGCACUAACUUCCACAUUAGUGAUACAACAAGGUUCGCGGUUACUCAAGACCGUCGAUGACCACCCUCUCAGAGCUGAACUGGCUGCGUUGCAACGGCGCCUUGCUCGGAAAAUCGAACUUGUGUCACCUAUCUUGGAGUCAAUCGAGUUCCGCUACACGCGUGGCAAUUCAGCACUGGAAGCUGUUGUGCGAGUAGGGAGAGAGCUUCGAGAUGAGAUCGACGCCUUGACCGCCAGAUAUCAAGAUGCAGCUACUCUGGAAGAGCAGCUCCAUUCCAUGGGCAAGAAACCGUCAUCACAGGACCGCGGGGCUGAGCUACGGUCUAUCUUGACAGAGACGAAACAGCUCAUGGCCAGCAUAGACGACUUGAUUCCGUCUAUAAACCUGUGGGUGUCUGCUAUAGGGGGUAUCCAGCCCGAGCAAGCCUCAUUCUCACCAUCGCGUCUACUUCAAGCAAGUAUGGUAGUCAACGUCGGCGACUCACAAUUUGUUCUUGCCCCGAGUCGUCCUAUGCAGAUCGGACCGGACUUCACAUUGUCAUUGUAUAUGCUUUUCCGGGGACACGCUUUCGCCCAGAACGGCGAGGCUUACGGAGUCGAAGAGGGCCAGAGAAAGCCAAUGUGGCAGGAAGUCAUACACAAGUCCCGAGUCAGGUUGUAUCGUGUGCCUACGAACCAGCUCCAUGACGAAGGAUUUGAGUCGAAUGGCCAUAGACAGUCGACCGGUUACGCGUAUCAGCUGCAGAUUGUUGAAGACCUGGACGAUGGACGCGUGCACACGUUUGAGGACGGAAACGUUGCGCCAGGGCCUUACGAUGGCAUGUCUCUUGCCGGGGUCCGAGAAGUAGUGCCCGUCGGUCAGAUAUCGAAAAUGUUUUACGCUGAUGUCGGCAGGAUUUUGAACAUCAAUAACGAAGAUGGCGCGUCAAGCAAUCCUGUGUUGUUGCUUAAAAGAGACACUUCACAGAUAGUACAUGAAACCCAUGUUGCGACCGAUACUGCUGAUUUCCGGGUGCUGGAGCAGCAACAUCACCUUGUAGAAAGCAUCGAGGAGGCCAGCUUUGUCUCCGAUUCUACUCUUUCGGAACCAAGUCCGCAGGAUGACAUCGAUCGCCAGCUUCGAGAAGAGAGCCAAGCAGCGGAGGUGACAGACGAAGUCUCUCAGCCACCCCAGCAAGGCCUUGUUAACCCGCCUCUAAAACCUUCGAAUGUCUCAAACGGUUGUCCCUGGACUAUACCUCAUAACAUUGACCCCGAGUGGAUGGCCAUGGAAGUGUUCGAGUUCGAUGAUUCAGGCUCUUCCACAGAUGAUGAAGACGAAGAACGCGAAACGGACGAGGAUGGUGCAUCAUCCGCACCAAGGACGCCCAGGCCGCACGCAGCAUCGAGGACCUCGGUGGACAAGAACCUCAUCACCCAGCUCCAGCGGAUGAGGGUGGCCUCGAACACGGGCUCGAGUUCCCCGCCCUCGAGCUCUCACUCGUACGCAUACACGAACGGCCACGAGGAUGUCGACCUCUCCACCUCCACAGAGCUCAUGAGACAGCCUCGAGCCCAGGACUCCGCACCUCUCUCCCCCACGACGAUAGAGCGCUCCCCGUUCGGCGCGAUCAGAACCUCGCUCUCGCUGCUCGAGAUGCUGCUCCGCCUAACUAGUCUGCAAGAGUUCGAGCAGAUGACACAUCUCUCUAUCCCUGAUCAUGUGUUGAAGUUCUACUUGGAUGAGUCGGCGUCCGAGAGCGGGCUUCACGGGAAAGAGCGCUGGGCAGCACGGGCAGAGGCUGCCAAGAAGAUGGGAUUUGAUCCCUAUGUUGAUGGGCCUGAAGGAGGCGGCAGUGGGCCAGCAGGUUUUUGAAGGGGUGGGGGAGGAGCAGGAGGAGGAGAAAAAUAGUCAUUGCAACUGCGUUUCGUGCAUAGCCCAGGAGUUCGGAGAU